GCCUCGCCGUAGGGGGCAGUGUGCUUCCUCCUCACACCCCUGCAGCGGUGACGGAAGAGCAGGGGUGAAAGUUCGUAGUUGUGCAGCGGUGCUGGGGAGCUCACGUCUUGAGAGGGAAAGAUGGAUGAAAACGAAGAUUUCGCUCUUUCUUUACAAGAUAGCAAGGCUGCGUACGUGCUCAGCAACGUUGCCGAAGUAGUUGAGCGAAUUCUGACUUUCGUACCGACUAAAUCACUUCUUCGGAUCGCAAGGUAAAGAAACUGUUUGUAUGCUAAAGAGUCAGUUAGCUAAUGCUAACUGUUUCACGGAAGUGAAAGUGUUUGACAGAGAAGUAGGAACGAGUUAAAGGCUCAUGAAGCAACCAAGACUGCCAGUUUAGAGUUGUUGUCAUUGUUGUAUCUGUUUGAAGUGACUAUUCCUAUUUUGGACAGAGUUCAACAGCUAGCUCAUCGUUAACUCAGGUUCUUCCACCAAGCUGACAGGUAGUGUUGAGCCUCUCUGUGUGUGUGUGUUUGUUUUGCUCCUCAGCGUGUGCAGGCUGUGGAGAAACUGUGCCCGCAGAGUCCUGAGGACACAGCAGCACCUGGCCUGGGUGUCCGCAUGUGGACCGUCUGACACUGAGGCCCACGCACUCUGCAGCGUGUUGACUGAGGAGGUGGAGGUAAAACAUCAGUCAUUUUUCACCUAACUCUCAAAUAAAUAACAGUUCAGUAAAAACAACAGCCCCAAAAUCACACCAACAGAUCAAUAAUUUGAUAUAUCACCCAUUAUUAUUGUGUAAAACUAGAUAUUAAUUUGUUUAUAAUGUUGUACUUCUCCAGUUCACAUUUUUUUUAAGUAUUAAAAUGUCAGCUGUUUAAAUGAUUAAGUUCAAAACUGGAAAGUUUAAAGGGAUAUUCUGGUGUAAAAUUAAGUUAGAGUCAAACACACCGCAACACCAAGUUAGACAUCCUUCGAGAGAUGAAUGUUGCCGAUCGCUUGCUUCUCCAGUUAUACCAACUUUAGUAACGACCGCAUGAUAGCAAUACACAGUGGUCUAUGUCUCCACGUGCAAACCUCAACCAAAACGCCACUCUAUUGCCACAAAUAGUGCUCAGAACAGCACCUAACUUUAUCAACAGUACACAUAGGGUCCCAGCCAUCAGGUCCCAAACAUCUUUUUAGCUUUGCCUGAUUUCUUGAGCAAAGAGACUAAAUACAACUCACCUACCGUAUUUUUUGCACUAUAAGGCGCAUUUAAAAUCCUUUUGGCUUGUCGGAGGACUGUGGCUACGGUAGCCUCGUGGAGUUAUUGAAUGAGUUAAAUAAAGUUGGACUUAUCUGACUCUUUUGUUUGGCUCAAUGUGCUUUGUAAUCCGGUGCGCUUUAUAAUCUGGUGGGUUUUGUAUGCAAAUAGAUGCGAAUAGAAGUGUUCGUUGAUGGUGUGCCUUAUAAUCAAGUGCGCCUUAUAGUGCAAAAAUACAGUACUCUCAUCCAGCAGCCGCUUGUUUUAGCGAGACCUCGGGCCAGUCCAUUACAGACUACAGCGGGGUGACGCAGCUCAAGGAAGAACAUUUAUGAUCAUUUCUUCAUGGAAAUGCAGUCAGACCCAGACAGAAGAACUACCAUGUCUGCAGUGCACAAUAAUUAAUAUGGUGAUUAUUAUUAUUUAAGAAAACGUAAUUAUCAUAAAUGUUUUUCCUUGAGCUGCGUCACCCCACAGCAGUCCGUAAUGGACUGGCCUGAGGUCUCGCUACAAUCAAGCGGAUGCUGGAAGAGAGUAGGUGAGUUUUGUUUAGUCUCUUUGCUAAAGAAAUUAGGCAAAGUUAAAAAGAUGUUUGAUGGCUAGUGCUGUGGCUGGGACCCUAUAUGUACUGUUGAUGAAGUUAGGUGCUGUUCUGAGCAUUAUUUGUGGCUAUAGAGUGGCGUUUUGGUUGAGCCCCUGGCUCUCUGUAUUGCUAUCUGCGGUCGUUAGAUCUGUUGAUUGUUUUAGUUUUAUUUUGAAUCAUGAUGUACUCGUGUCCUUUGUAAUAUGCAGCACAUAAACAUAGUGAAAUCCCAUAAUAGUAAUGAUAAUGAUAAUACAAGAUUACAUGGAUAAAAGUGGAAGAUAUUUUUAAAGAUUUUUUGAAAUAUUAAGGAGUGAAUGUCUGUGGGAUUAAAACUCACAAAAAUGAUCAGUAUUCAAGAUAAUGUGUUAGUAGCUUUCUUUUUUUUUAAUCAAAUCACUCAUCAUUUAAUAUUUGUUUUUAAGUACCUCACCAUUUGUAUUAAUACUGUUUUAACAUGUAGCCUUUGUAUGUCAUUGUUUUCAGAAAGUGUUUCUCCUACCUAAAACAGUUCUGGCAAUGGUGGACUGUGAGGCAUUUAAUGGACAAACUUACUGCUACCGACAGAAUAAAGGUAAGUGUAAAAUGAAAUGACACAUGACAGCCGAUUUUCAUUAAAUUGUAUCCUGAACUAUAUGCUUGUACUUUAUCCUUGGUUUGGUGCUUGAUUGUUUAAACGUUUUUUUCAUUUUCAGUGUUUGCCACAUAUUGUAUAUAUCUGUGAAAACAUAACAUACAUUAGCUGCUAAGGCUUUUGUCACUUUGAUUUUUGUCAAGGGAAUGUCUCUCUUGUGGAUAUGGACCUGCCGGACCUUUUCAUAUGACAUACUUUUGUUUUACUCCUGAAGCCCAUCUUGUCCAGGACUCGAUGAUGGAAGAGAAAUUUGGCUCAAGGGGACCCUUCUGGUCAAGUGACAGAUGAAUAGAUAGGAGAAGUUUGGAUUGGUGUUUGACACAUACUAUACUACUACAAUGUUAUUUCUUAUCAAAAAUCGCAUUAAAACAAUUCCCUAUCUCCUCUUUUACCCCCUUUUUGAAUUUAUUCUUGCACUUUUUAUGUCUUUAUUCAAGAGGACAGUACAGUGGAUGGAGAAGAAAAAUUAAGGGAGGGUGUGGGAAGUGAGAUGCAGGAAAAGGGCAGCAGGUCUGGACUGAACCUGGACUUCCUGUCUGGAAGCCUCUGUUUAUGGGAUUUGUACCUCAUUCUCUCUCUCUUUAACCUUAUUUUUUUUUCUUGACUAUUCUAAAGCAAAAAAGAGUCGGCACAGUCUGGAUACAGUUGAAGAACUAAACCUGGUCUUUCCCAAAGGCUGUGACAUCAUCGGCAUUGCUACACCAGGCAUAGUCUGUAAGUGUUUCUCUUUUCUGUCCCUUACUUUUACUUAUGUGGAGGAUUAUUUAUUUCCCAUCUCUACUCUAAUAAAACUACGCUCAGCCGUAUGAAUAGCAGGCAUCUCAUUCAAUAUUAAUGCGACAAAAUAUCACUUAAAUUAUCUUCAAAGCUUUGAUUAUCAAACCUCGCCACAGCAAGUCCAUUCACUGUAAUUUUUGUAGAUACAGUGAAAGCGAACCGGGAGUCAUGUUUAUAUCUAAGAUGAAUUGUUCACAUUUGAUCAGGGAGGACUACACAUUAAUCCCCCCCUGCUGCUGCCUAGUUGAACAGCACAAGUGGAGGCUGGCACCUCCCUGCCUCCCCCCCUCUGAUAGAUUGCCCAGUCUGCCUGCUGCUGUGCUCCUCAUUUCUCCACAUAAUCACAAGCCUGCGGAGAAGUGACUCUCCAUCAGCCACGUUCUCUUUCCGCUAGAUGAUGGCUUAUCAGGCUUCUGUCGUCUAUCAGCUGUAGUGGCAGCCUCAGAUGUUUGUGAUAACUCUCAUUUUGUGAUAUUGCAGCAGAGGGUCACCACAGGGUCAGUGUGCACAUCUUAAUCCAAAUGGAUGAAAUGUUUGAUUAGAUGAGGUUGGACCUAUGGAUUACAUGUAAUAGACCUGCCAUAGAGCUCACAGUACCACUAAUUAUUUAUGUAUGGUUGUGCUUGGGCCAUAUGGCAGUGAAAAGAUCAACUGCGCUUCACUCGAGCAUUGUAUUCAUUUUUAAAACCAUGGAGGAUGUGGAUUGAUUAGAAUCUAAUGCGUAUUUUUGACUUACUUUUAAACACAGGGAAUGAUGUCAUAAUGUACAAACUCAGUUACACAUCAAGGACACAGCACUGCAUGAACUUAAAUCUAACUCCUGGUGCCUUGUGUAUCUCACUGGCAUUGUUGCUCAUCCGUCUGAUAAACUCUUGUAGUUGUAUUCCACUCAAAGUCUCGCCUGCUGUUGUUUUUCCUUGAAAUCCUCUUGAAUAUUGUUCGGGGAUCAUUAGUGACUUUAUAAUAUUGAUCACUUUUCUUUUGUUGAAUCUUUUGUCUGUGGCUAUUAACACGGUGAUACCUUUGAAAAAUGGUUCCUGGUCCACCAAACAUCAGUGCCUGGAGUUGCAGUUCCUCAAAUGCCCACUAGAUGCUCACUUCACCAAACUGAAUGUACUAAUUUAAAAAAGUAGUACCUCUCCUCAGGACAAAGUCAUAAGUUAUGUCAAAGAAAAGCUACUAAUAUUUAUUGAGGGAGAUUUUCAAGCUGUAAGGACAUGUCUAAAACUAAUUCCUUCUAUUCUAUGUGCGUGUACAGGAUGACAGACAAUAAAAAUGUCCUGUCAAUUCUAAGUUGUCACACUCAGCAGCAGUUCAAUUACUUUUUCCAUCCUUGGGCUGUAAUCUAAUGGCUGUGAAAUGGCAGCAGGCUCUAUAUUCAGGUGUUUUAGCACAUACAAUAACUAACCGUGGUUAUUUGACGGGUCUUUGAAGGAAAAAAAAAAGACUGACAUCAACAAAAAUAAUACAACAGUAUUUCAAGAGAAUAAAGAGAGAGAAAUAUUGAUACUUAAUUUAGUAAAGAUGCAUUACAGCCUGCAGGCCACCAUGAAACAAUGUGAAGUAUGAAGAUUUGUCAGAGAAGGUAAUUAUGAAAAGUAAACGUGGAAUUAAAAUGUUACAGAUAUUAAUAUGUUGUUUGAUUUGAUUAUGUAGCAUAUCAUACUCACUAUACCAGCUGAUGCCUGCCAAACAAGAGGACCUCAUAUGUUAUGAACUUAAUUUGAUAUUUAUUCUGCUUAAACUAUUUUCACAGACUUCCAUCAUGUCAUGAGUGCUGGCUGUCUUUAAGCGAACAGUAUUUCACAGUACAUGUUUGCGCCCUUUUGCAGUGACUCCAAGUGGCCUUUACUCCAGCCCUCCCCAGGAGUACCAGGAGGGCGAGGCAGGCUUUGCGGUCAUGUUCCCCAGCAUGGAAGGUGUUCACAUCAAGCCUUUUCAUUUUUGCAAAAAGUCCAUCUCCCCAACAGCCCUGCAAGAAGCAGGUAAGCACAGGCUGACAACAACUGUUAGACAAUCUACAGUGACAAACAAUAAACCCCUGUUUGUCUCACUCAUGUUUGUUGUUUUCUUUGCAGGACUGGUUGAAAACCCAGAACUCCGUGUGGUCUUAAUGUUUGUUUAUGAGGCCUAUAAAUCUGGAGGAGCUCGCUUCCUCGGCCAAAUACUAGAGCCACUGGCCAAGAGCAAAGCUCUUAUUGCUGGGGGGCUUGUAGACAGUGUUUUCUCUCCAACCAGACACUGGUGAGUAAAUUUUCACACCCAGGAUCCCACCCUAUUUUACAUUUGUGUGUUUUAUUACGUAUGCCUUGCAUUAAAAUCAAAACACAUCAUGUACUUUUGAAUUGUUUCAGUUACCUUUGUAAAAGUCAUAGUUUCUCUCCUCUUGUCAUAUCUCACUUUGUAGUUGUAGCCAGGGUGCAUAUGGGGUGGUGGGCCUGGCCCUGAGUGGCCCUAAGGUGCAGGGGGCAUCUGUGCUUUUGGACCAAGACAUCACCAACUCAAAGGCAGCAGAAGCCACGAUCAGGAGGCUAAAGGCAGCCAAAAUUCCUGAGAGGAACACCAUAGGGCUCAUGUUUGCGUGCGUGGGCAGAGGCCAGGACUACUACAGCAACCAGGCCAAUGUGGAAGCUGACGCCUUCCACAAGGUGUUCCCGAACACCCCGCUCUUCGGCUUGUUCGGCAACGGUGAAAUCGGCUGUGAUCGCAUAGUCAAAGACGACUACACGCUGUGCGACACUGACACUGACAAUUUGCAGCACGAGUACACCACAGUCAUGACCCUGGUGCAUCUGGGCUGAGUGAUGGAAACACAGUGCUGAUGGUCAACAGGCGGUAAAAAGACGACUCAUCAAACUCCUGUGUGCAAAGGCAGGUGUCAGUACGGAGCGUGAAACACAUUAUGACUGAACAUUUCUGCUCAUAAAGCAGACAAAUAGUCCCUUAAGCCAUCAGUGUAAUGGCAUCAUUAGGGAAAUUGUGUCCCUUGGAGACUGUGUGUAAACACAGCUUCAUAUUAAAACUGGUGGGUAUCACCAUCACCCAUAUUAAAACUGAUCAUCUCUUUACAUCCAAUGUGAGAGAGCACUCUUGUAAAAUAUAUUUGUUUAUAUUUACCCCAAACUUAAUGUACAUUCAAGGCAUAUCCUACCCUCUGACAUCAACCUCAUGGUGUGUUUGCUUUGCAGGUGAGUGAAUUAUAUACACUUGUGUGUCCCACAAGUUAUUAUUCUAGUUAUUGAGUCAGCGCAGGCACUUUUAAUUCAUGUAAAUAAGACAAAUAUGGUCCCUCUUCCUUUAAAAUUGAGGUGAUCUUGAUUUAUAUGUUCUUCCUUGUCAUGAAGCUUUUACACUUCAGAUUUUUACACUUUUGUCUUACCAGUGGGAAGAAAUAAUAAGCAGUGUUAGCUUGUAGAUUUCAGACCCUUCUGCAAGAUAUCCAUCUUUCUUGGACCAGUUGGACGCUUGGACAUCAUUCUGAACCUCACAGUGCCUCUUUUUAGACCAGAUGUCAUAUCUCCUAUGUCUUACUUUCAGUAGUUAUUGGUUGUACUCGGUGGUUACUCCAUCCUCAAGAAUAUGCAGGUGGUGAGAAAGACUUUUCCCAAGGCAGAGGGGAAACGGUUCAGGACAUCUGUACUGAUGACUAUGAGGCAAAGAGGAAAAACUUAGAUUCACCCCAUUUUACUAACUACGCAGUCACAUAUUUAAACAAAAUGGUCAGAAUCUUUUAGACAGCCCUGUAUACUAAGAUAUAGGUCUCUGUCAAAAUCAGUUUGUUGUUUUUUGAAAUGAUUCAUUUCAAGCCGUUUUCCUCAAAUAUCUUGGUGACCUUGAGGUGCAAUUUUCAGUUUAAAUCUGUUGGUCAAGAAGUUUUUGGAACCAAGCUUUUCUAUUUUCUGCAACUUUGAUUAUUGCAGGUACUUUACAAUAUUUUAAUUUCUGAAUAAAUCAAUUAGAAAUCCUUUACGCUUUCCAUUUUAGUUUUUUUUGAGGAGGAAAUUAAAGUAUUGUUGCAUAUUGCUUAUUGAACAAAAAGUUGUUUUGGUGUUGAUGCACUUUUCCAUAUGUGCCAAAUCAUAUCUGUUCUGCUCAUUUCCUCAAUAAAUAACAGACAUCCAUUAUGUUAAAAAAA